AUGUCGUCCGGUAAUUCGUCUCGGCGCCAUCGCGGACCCAAACCAUCUCGUUUCCGGCGUGCAGAAAUUCCCAGUAGUAAAGGGACCCGCACUUCUUCCGGAUCGUCCAUUUCAUCUGUUUCAUCCUCUUCUCGUGUUCAGUACAGCAACACCAAUCGUUCAUCCUCGGCGGAAUGCUCUGUGACUUCGGAACCCAUCGGUGUCCGCAGCACCAAGAGCGUCGGAUCCGCAAUCUCGUUGGCAAACUCAGUGUUCAACGUUGUUGCUCCGGAUCUCGACAUCAAUCCUGGAGAUCGUAAGGAGAUCUACAACUUGGAAGACAAGGGAAAACUGGUGAUCAUCAAUCGUGUCAACGGAGAAGUCGUCUACAUGCUUCGUUGUGUCGAUGGAAGACGUGUCUACAUCGAGAAGGCCGCCGAGGGAGCUAGCUUGAUUCUGACCAAUCAGAAGGGAAAAGUGAUAAAAUCACUCGCCGGACACUAUGUGACAUAG